AUGAACAACAACAAGAAGUUCGUCCUGCUUGCAAGAUCCGUAGGGAAAGGAGCCAUGGGGAGCGUCUUCGAGGGAAGAGACCCCAAGAACGGGAACAUCGUAGCUCUCAAGAGAUGCGACGGCCAAGAAGACAAGCGGGGGAAGGUCGAAGCACAGAACCUCGAGAAGAUCAGGAGCAAGAAUAUCGUUCGCUUCCUCGGGUACGGAUAUCACGAGUCCCACUUGUACAUCGCCAUGGAUCUGGUAGUAGGCGAGGAUUACGAGAGCUUCCUGAACAAGCUGAAAAGCCCUCUCACGUGGAUGGAAGCGUCAAAGGACAUGAGGCAGGUCAUGCAAGGCAUGAAAGCGGUCCAUAGCCUCGGCAUCAUUCACCGAGACCUCAAGCCUGCCAACCUCAUGCGCAAACAGAACGGCGACAUGGUGGUGGUUGACUUCGGCACUUCCAAGCAGGUGAAUGCCGUGUCAGCUGCCUGUGCGACCAUGGUCGGCGAAUUUGUCGGAACUCCGGUCUACGCGAGCCCUGAGCAGCACAAGAGAGCGGCUCUUACAGCAGCCUGCGACGUCUUUUCCAUCGGCGUCAUCUUCGUUGAGGCUCUCACCAAGAAGCUUCCCUUCCUC